AUCUGAUUACACCUACGCUUUGCCCUUCGUUAUUGCGUCCGAGUUUCUCGAGCUUUGAACUUGAAGUUGUUCCUUCUCCCGGCUCCCUAACCACCCUAGACUGAACCAUAACACUGCAAUCAUGGCCCAACCUGAGCGAAAGCUGAGCCUUCAGGCCUUCCUCCAACUAUUAACGUCCAAUGGUUUACCAGUCAAAAGGUCUAUGGCGGUCGCUGGAAAAAUAUACAAGGAAGUCAACACCCCGAACUCAUUGGGAGAGCUAACAGAUGUGAAGCUUGUCUCUCUUGGCGUUUCUGAUAAGGAGGAUCGUAAGCUCGUUCUGGGUGCCGUCUCCAAAGCAGGAUAUCGUGCGAAGGUCGUGGAGAAGGUGAAGACUGAGGAAGGACGGAAACGCCAAGCCUCAAUUCCUUGUGCUUUACCACCUGGGAACGCCGAAGAAACGAAGUCAUCGACGGCUACUGCUUCUGGGUCUUCCGUGUCUUAUCCUACUAAAAAGGCCGCCACGCCUCCUCCCACGAAGAAGCGCAAGGUUGCAAAGAAGAACGACCAGAACGAAUUCCUUCCUGACAAAAUUCACGAGCAAGGCGAUGAAGUCGGCAGCCUCGAGUUCGAUGAGAUACUGGAUGAGGAGAUGCUUAAAGGAAAAUUCGUGGUCAUCAAUCGCGCGCCGAUCAUGAUGGCCUGGUCAUUCCUAGUCGCCGAACGAAUGGGCUUCCAGCGCGAAGAAGCUUUGAGCAUAGCCUCCGUCUACACAGAAAUGAACGCCAUCAGCAAAGGCGCCUCCCUCGGCAUCUAUCCCAAAUCGUCCACUUACUCCCUCUCAGUUUUACCAAACGGCAAGGCUGCACCACACAAUGGCGGAGCGCAACCGUAUGUCGACCUAAUGGGCCGCCGGAUCCCACUCAUCCAAAUCUCCUCCGUCGACGGCUCACACGGUUCCGGCACCAUCUCCACCUCUCCCUCCACUUCCAACGCUACAUCUGGACCAGAUGGCAAUGAAGGACAAGGACAAUGGCGCGCGCUCUCUCCAGAGAAGGGAAUGCCCGUAUCGCCCGCCUCGACAUGCUCGUACAUUACAAGAUCGCUAAGACAGAUGACACCGGCCAUCAUGGGCGCGAUGAGAUUAUUGGCGGACAGUUAUGCGAACGAGUUGAAUAAGGUGGGAUGGGAGUUGUAUGCUGAUUUUAGGCCAGAGGUGGAUGGCUGGGGAAAGAGAGGGCAGGUUAGUUGUGACAGGAUACUUGGUUUGAGGAAGAAACAGCGGCUGGCGAGUGGUAAAAAGGAGCAGAUGAAGGAGGAGGGAGAAAGCGACUUGAGUUCUAAGGGGGGAGAGGCGAGAGGUGAUGAAGAUUCCGUCGAUGAAGACAGACCCAAGAGUGAUGCAAUAGCAAACCCGCCAGAGCCCACAACGAGUGUUGAGGAGUACGAGGCAGCACUUGAGGACUUCGACGCGGACGAACUUAGUGCACUGCCGUAGUGUAUACGAAUGUUCUGAUUGUGUGCAUAUGAGAAAAUAC